UGUUUACGUUGAAACAGAAAGUUGAUUCAUCAUCAAAAGUUUGAAGUUGAAGAACUUUUAGUUUUAUUGUAUUUUGAAGUUGAACUUUCGAGUAAUUUAUUGUGUAAAAUCUUUAUUUAUUACCACUUGAAUGUUACUCGCUUGAGUAAUCAUUGAAUCGCGCAGUUGUGAUAAUUAAUUUAUUAAUUGAAGUUGGGUGACAAACCUAACCCAAUUCAACCCAGGAAUGCGCGCUGGGCAGGAGCGUCAGUUUUCCUAACAUUCAUAAAGUCAUAAACAGCUACUGCUGUAGUCAAUUUUCUCCCUUGUUUUCCUCAGAGUGGAAUUAUUCUGAUACGGGUUACCAUGUUCAGUAAAUACGCGUGCACGUAUUGUCAAGAAGAGAUCAGUGGACUGAGAGUUAAAUGUUCAGAUUGUGAAAACUUCAUCCUUUGUUUACAGUGCUUUUCAAAUGGCGCCGAAAUAGGUCCUCAUAAAAACAAUCACCCUUAUCAAUUUGUGAACGCGGGCACAUUAGCAAUUGUUAGUAAAUCAGGAUGGACUGCCAGCGAAGAACUCAGUUUACUGGAUGCCAUAGAAAAUUAUGGCUAUGGAAACUGGGAAGAUAUUUCUAGUCAUAUAGAUUCAAGAACUCCCGAAGAAGCCAAAGAAGAAUAUAUAAAUAGAUUUCUAGAAAGUAGCAUAGGUCGUGUCAUUUGGGAACCAGCGUACGAUUUACGACCCCAUCUUACCGAUUUGACCAUCCCAGAUGAUGGGCCGUUGGGUCCAGCUUCGAUGGCGAAAUUACCACCGUUGGAUAUAACCACCGAAGAAGCUACCCUAUUAGGAUACAUGCCUCAGAGAGAUGAUUUUGAAAAGGAGUACGAUAAUACAGCCGAACUCUUGGUGUCGUCCCUUUCCAUCAAUCCGGCUGAAGAUGAUGAAUUAGAUAUAGCUUUAAAAUUGGCCCAGGUGGACAUGUACAUGAACAGUUUACGCGAACGAACGCGAAGAAAACGAGUUGUCAAAGAUUAUCAAUUAGUUUCACAAUUUUUCGCCUCUCGUCGAGAAAGACCGCCAAAAAAGAAAUUAACCAGGGAUCAAAAGGAAUUCGAGGAUAAGUUUCGUCCAUUAUGCCAAUUUAUGACUGCCACGGAACACGAUCAGUUGCUGAGCAGCUUACACAGAGAACAUGACUUACGUAGAAGAAUCAAAGAACUGCUACGAUAUAGAAAUAAUGGUUUGACUACUCUCGACGAAUGUGUACAAUUCAGUCACUUGAUGGUUGCUAGACAAAAUUAUAAAGCUGCUGACAGCGGCAACUCUGCGCAGACUUUCCAUCCUUGUCAGCUGAUAAAAAGAAGAGAAAGAAAAAGAAAUUCCUCUUCCAUCAUAAAAAAAAUCACUUACUCCACCGAACACCUGCCAACAUCGCAGCAUUCAACAGACGUUUUGCGCUGUCUGAACCCUAAUUAUAAUGCCGCCUCUCCUGCUUCAAAUAUGUUAUCAUCUUCUGAAAUAGAGCUUUGUUCAAUUCACGAAUUAUAUCCAAUGCAGUAUAUAUCAUUAAAAACCCUUCUACUCACAGCUGCGAUACGUGGAAUUAUAUUGUUACCUGAGCCUAUUUCAUUAAAAGGUGUCAACGAAAUCGAACGAGCCCAAGAUAUCAUUCAGUCUGUGUCUUCAUAUUUGGUGUCCAAUGGUUGGAUAACUUCUGUGUAAAUUUUUGUUUGUUUAUAUUUAUUUUAUAAAUUAAUUAAAUACCUAUACGUUGAAUA